AUGGCGUCCAAACGGAAGGCCGAUGCUGAAGCUGUCGGGCUUCCCAAGAAGGUUCCCAAGCUAACGGCUCGGGACGGUUCUGAUCCAAUCUACGGAGAACCUCAUUCAGACCCCCAUUAUUCCUCUUCAGAGGAAUCAAGUGAUGUGGAUGAGCAGUGCAAUGAGACUCCCGCGACACCCUUUUCUACCACUUCCUCGAAAUAUCCAUCGGAGCUUAAGACCCAUCUUUGCCCAUUCGAAGGUUGUACGAAAGCUUUCAAUCGACCAGCACGCUUACAAGAGCACCUGCGUUCCCACAACAAUGAGCGAAUUUUCAAAUGCAAUCAUGAUGGCUGUGAGAAGACGUUUCUACGUGCUUCCCAUCUCAACCAUCAUAUCAAGAGCGCCCAUACCUCGAUCCGAGACUACGUCUGCGACCGACCGGGCUGUGGAAAGACCUUUGUGACAGGAACGCGUCUACGGAGACAUCUGGCAGCCCAUGAUGGAAGGGAGAAGUAUCGCUGUACGGAGUAUCCGCCCUGCAACGAAACCUUCCGGAAGCAUUCGACUCUGUACAAGCACAUCAUGACCGUCCAUCUCCAUCAGAAACCGUUUCCAUGCCAACACGUGGAUCCUAUCACUGGCCAAAAAUGCUCUCAGGCCUUUGAUACGGCAGGUCACCUUCGCGCCCAUGAGGCACGGCUGCAUGCGGAAAAGCGAUUUACUUGCACAGAAUGCUCUGGCGCUAGCGAGGGAUCUGCCGGUGAUGAAUCCAAACCUGCGUCUGGAGGAGUCAGCUUUCCUACCUAUGCUCAGCUACAAGCUCACAUCAAGUCUGCACAUCCACCAAAGUGUCCGCAAUGCCCUAUCGUCUGCUCUACAUCUCGAGAACUGCGACGUCACCUUGAGGUUGCUCACGGAGACGUCAGUCUGGAGGAUCGAAAAAUAUUUCCUUGUACGGUACCUGGCUGCGGACGUAGCUUCACGAAGAAAGGUAACCUCACGGUUCACGUUCGCACCGUGCAUGAGGGGGAAAAGCGGUUUGUCUGCGGGGAGACCGAUCUCUCGUCCUCGAAGAAAGUGGAGGGGUGGAAUGGAGAAGGAUGUGGGAAACGAUACGGCAGCAAGUUGUCGCUGGAGGAGCAUGUCCGUACUGCACAUCUAGGGUUGAUGAACACCAAGGCGGAGCGCAGAGAGCGUCUUGGGUUGAAGAAGUCGCAAGGCCGAUCGAAGCCUCCGGUCCCAUCAACCCUGGCGUUGUUGACGGGAGAAGGUUACGCCGAAGAAACUGGCCGUCAUAUUCCCUGCUUUAUUGAAAGGUGUGAGCACCGGUUCCAUCGGGACUAUGAUCUCUGGGUGCACAUGAGCAGCAAGCACGGCUGCAGCGAAGACGAGAUUCAGAACCAUUUCACGCAGCGAGCCCUUCUGGAACAUGGGGGUGCAGAUAACUUUUUCGGAAUCUACGGUCUCGAUUUGGAUAAUGAGGAUUCCCAACAGUUCUUCAAUGACGCUGUUGCUCCGCAGGAAGCCGGCCACGAGUUUGACGAACAGAUGGCCGAUAUGAAUUUCUUUAAUAAUGCAAACGAUACUGGCAUGCAAGAUUUGUUUGAUCAGCGUGGAGAAGCAGACGCUAGCCAUACGACACCCAAUGAGGAUAUGACGCUGAUGGAUCCGGCAUUGUCUCGUGUGGAGGAAUAG